AUGAAAUACAUUUCGUUUAGCUUAAUUGUAUCUUUAUUUUUUGCUGGUUAUGUUAUCAAUACAAUAUGGAAUUUAGCUGAAAUAUUUAUACCGCCUGAAUGUAGUCGUGGCGAAAAAUGUUUUACGUCUUAUUUAGCUUCAAAUCCUGUGCAGUGUCUAGUGUUAUUUACUUCAGUUACCGAAAAUCCUUAUAGGGAGGGGAUAUCGGGUGCGUCAGUAAAUAAAGUUCACACAUCUUUAAAAUUUGAUUACCGCAAAUCUUCAAAAAUGGUUGUGAAUUUAAAAAUACCUCGUCGUACUCGAAAUAAUGGAUCUUUUUAUAUGCAUGCUGUACUAUUGGAUGAAAAACGCCUUUAUGAUGAUUUUAUUGAUAUAUUUAAGACGGAAGCUGUUCAUACCUUGCCUCUUGUCACAUUUAUGGAACCUCAGGCAGAAAUGUUCAAUCUUCUACAGGCUAAAACAGAAACGAAAGCUCCACAGAAAAAAAUUAAACCAUAUGCCCACAUAUCCACCGAGGCACCACUGUCAAUAUUGACAGAUAAUUUAAACUUGCCUCCUAAAAAAAUUCCUGGGGAAUUGUAUGCCUAUUUGAGGAUUAAACAAGGAAAAUUUUUGCCAAUAAUCCAGCAUAAUGUUUUAAAAUCACGUAUAUCCCAUUUACAAUUACUAAAUAGCAGUAGUUCAGAAGUGAAUGUGACAGUAGAUGUGGCACCAACAUCAUAUGGUGUGUUAAGAUUGGCAUUGCAUGUAAAAUUGGCACUAGAACAACUCCAGAUGCUUGGCUUCAGUGAGAAGGAUGUGGACGAUGUUAAAGGAAUAUUUGCUGACACAAAUUUGUACCUUCUAUCUGCAACUGUUCUAAUUGCAAGUUGUCAUCUGCUGUUUGAUUUCUUGGCGUUCAAGAAUGACGUGUCGUUCUGGCGUAGUAAGCGGUCUUUAGCCGGACUGUCGGCUCGCACUGUAUUGUGGCGGGCAUUCUCGCAAUUCGUCAUCUUCUUUUAUCUGAUUGAUGAACAGACAUCUUUACUGGUUCUUGUGCCGGCCGGUGUUAGUGCUGUUAUUGAGUUGUGGAAAGCUAGCAAAGUUCUUCACGUGCGCGUGUCCGUAUCAGGCGGGCGCGUGCGCGUGUGGCGCGAAGCAGGUGACGCUGGCGAACAGCAAACGGCACGAGCAGAUGCAGAGGCCAUGCGGUACCUUGCCCUCGUUCUGUACCCACUCUGUGCCGCCGGGGCCAUUUACUCGCUGCUAUAUGAGCCACAUAGGAGCUGGUACUCAUGGGCGCUGCAUAGCGUUGUAAAUGGCGUGUACGCAUUUGGGUUCAUACUGAUGCUACCGCAGCUCUUCGUGAAUUAUCGGCUGCGGUCGGUCGCGGCACUCCCCUGGCGCGCCUUCAUGUAUAAAGCUUUCAACACCUUCAUUGACGACGUUUUCGCCUUCAUCAUCACAAUGCCCACGGCGCACCGCGUGGCUUGCUUCCGCGAUGACAUCGUGUUUCUCAUAUAUCUAUACCAAAGAUGGUUGUACCCUGUUGACAAAUCGCGUACUGAUAGCGCCCUCAGUAUGGACGAGAACCCUGAUGAGUUGGAACCUGCAAAGGAGAAGGCUGACUAA